AUGUCGCGCGCUAUACAACGUCUUAUGAAAGAUUAUCGCAAAGCAGAAAAGUUAAUAGGCCGUUCAACAAAUGAAUCGUUUGCCGAUUUUACGAAUUCAGCUUCAUUUACAACACAAACAAUGGCACAAAUAAGACGAGAUCCAGAAUUAACACAAGAUGAAAAAAAAUAUCUUGUUGCUGUUGAACUUAUUAAAAAAAAAACUGAUCGAUUAAUGAGAUGUUUUUGUUUUGUAGGUGGUGAUAUGGCUACAACUCGUCGAUAUCUUGCUAUUUCAUCGGGAACACCAGCAGCUUUACUUGAUGUUGACAUGCCGAUGACACCAAUUAAUAUUAAUUGUCUUGAUCCAUUAGGGCGAAGCGCACUUUCCAUAGCAAUUGAAUAUGAAAAUAUUGAAAUGAUUGAAUUAUUACUUAGUUAUAAUGUUGACACAGGUGAAGCUUUAUUACAUGCUAUUGAUGAAGAAUUCGUUGAGGCUGUCGAAUUACUUCUUCAACAUGAAGAUCUAAAACAACAACAACAAAAGAAUCACAUUAAUGUAUAUAACAAUCGAUAUUCAAAUAAUAUUGGCAUAAUUGAUAAAUCUAAUCCAUUAUUCACUUUGGCUCAAGAUGCAUUGGAAAAAGAGAAAAAAGAACAACAAUAUGAUAUUACUCAAAAGGUGCAUGAACAACUUAAUUUGAGUACAUCUCGCUUGUAUACACCUGAUAUUACACCUGUUAUAUUAGCUGCACAUCGAGAUAAUUAUGAAAUACUUAAAAUUCUAUUGGAAAGAGGAGAAAAAGUUACUGAACCUCAUGAUGUUCGUUGUGAUUGUGCAAAUUGUAUUGUAUAUAAUAAAGAAGAUAGUUUAAGACAUUCACGAUCACGUAUAAAUGCAUAUAAAGCAUUAUCAUCGCCAUGUUAUAUAUCAUUAUCAAGUCGUGAUCCAAUAAUGACAGCAUUUGAUUUAAAUCGUGAAUUAAAACGUUUAUCACGUAUUGAAAAUGAAUUUAAACAAGAAUAUGAACAAUUAGCCCAACAAUGUCAAGAAUAUAGUGCUGCCUUAUUAGCUGAAACACGUUCAUCAAAAGAAUUAGAAAUUAUAUUAAAUUAUGAUUCAGAAAAUCCACCAGUAUUAUCAGAAACAACAGAAAAAAUGCAUUUAUCUCGAUUAAAAUUAGCUAUACGUUAUAAACAAAAAAAAUUUGUUUCACAUGCACAUUGUCAACAAUUACUUGCUUCGUUAUGGUAUGAAGGUUUACCGGGAUUUCGGCGUCGUCAUUCAGUUAUUAAAAUAUUAAUAACAACUUUUGUUGGCUUCCUUUUUCCAUUAUUAUCGAUCGCUUAUUUAUUAAUGCCACGUAGUAGUAUUGGUCGUAUUAUGCGACAACCAUUUAUUAAAUUUAUUUGCCAUUCUGUUUCAUAUAUUUUCUUUCUCAUUUUACUUUUCGUUGUUUCAUUACGUAUCGAUUUUGCUAAAGUAUUAUCAGGUAUUGAAGAAGAAUCAAAUGAAAGACGUGGUCCACCACCAAAUCCAGUUGAAAUAGCUAUUAUGUUCUAUGUUGCCGGAUUUAUUUGGGCAGAAAUAAAACAGCUCUACCAAGAAGGAUUACAUCAAUAUAUGGCGGAUACAUGGAAUUUAUUGGAUUGGGUUACAAAUUGUCUUUAUGUAGCUACUAUUGUUCUACGUGUAAUGGCUUAUGUUAAAGUUAAUCAAGAAGAACGUGAUCUUCAAAAUAAAUCAAUAUCUGUUAAUGGUUCUCAUAAUUCAUCCGGUGUACAUCAUACACAUGAUCAUCAUAAUUUAACUACUGAUCCAGCUAGUAUUUCAACAGGUCAUAAUGUUCGACGACGAGAUUGGAAUGCAUGGGAUCCAACAUUAAUAUCUGAAGGAAUAUUUGCUGCAGCUAAUAUAUUUAGUUCAUUAAAACUUGUUUAUAUAUUUACUAUAAAUCCACAUCUAGGACCAUUACAAAUAUCUUUAGGACGUAUGGUACAUGAUAUAUUAAAAUUUAGUGUUUUAAUAUUACUUGUUGCAUUUGCAUUUGCAUGUGGUCUUAAUCAAUUAUUUUGGUAUUAUGCACGAAUGAAAAAAAGUGAAUGUGAACAAGAUGUUGGAUUUGAUGAAUAUUGUGCAAAAGAAAUUCAUAAACAUUUUUCAAAGUAA